AUGGAGUCGAAGCAUUACGACUUCAACGUUCAGGAGAAUAACACCAUCUACCUCAACUUCGAGGUCCUGGAAGACAAUCCUGAUUCAACCGAGGACGCUAUCGACACCAAGAAGUACCGCAAUGAGGGAGGUAUCUGGAUAUGGGUCGGCCCCCGGAACCUUGACAGCGCAAGCGGCCAGCCUGCGUACAGGCGUGUCGACUACGGAUUGGCCAACUUCAACUCAUGGAGGCUCCUCACUUAUCAACACAUCCUCCUGGAGCAUAUCAACACGAAGAACAAGUGGACGCGGAUUUGCCCGGAUGUUUAUACGCCGUCUGGCCUGAAAGGGAACCAGGAAUUGAAGAAUGCGUGCAAUACUUCAGAUUUUACCUUUCAGUUGACUCUCUGCAUGUGA